UUAACUCUGUACUUCACAUCGAUGCACUGCAUAGCCAGAAUAAAUCACUGGCUAUUGAUAAGUUACAGUUUAUAUCGGUUCGAUGGGCUGCUUAAUUACUUGACGGUUCUUGUUUUUCAAUAUAUUUUGUUCUGUGCACAAACUGCGAGCUGCUGGAAAAAUAAUUAACCACCGAUAUACACAGCACGGUCUGAAUAGAUACUGAUAAGUAGAGAAAAGUUAAUUAAUAAAAAAUAAAAUUAAGAUAUUUAUUUAAAAAAAACGCCAAAAUUGAUUCCUUAAUAGUUGCUAGUACGAGCAGUGCCAGCUCCACCCCUGGUACUGGCGCAGUUGCUAAGGAAGUUAAAAUAGUGCAGUUAACGACCGCUCCAGAUCAAUUAGUUUUAGUUGCAAAUAGUAAUAAAAUGUCCGGUAAUCAAACAAUGCUAAAAGGCCAUCCAUCACAAUAUGUAAAACUGAACGUAGGCGGUAGGCUCUAUUACACGACCAUUGGAACACUUACGAAGCAUAAUGACACCAUGUUGAGUGCUAUGUUCAGUGGACGAAUGGAAGUUUUAACCGAUACAGAGGGUUGGAUUUUGAUUGACCGUUGCGGUAAUCAUUUCGGUACAAUACUCAAUUACUUACGUGAUGGCACUGUGCCACUGCCGGAGUCGCAUAAAGAAAUCGCGGAGCUUCUGGCUGAGGCCAAAUAUUACUGCAUCACAGAAUUGGCCAUGUCAUGUGAACGCGCGUUACUAGCUAAUCAGGAACCUAAACCAAUCUGUCGCAUACCAUUGAUAACAUCCCAAAAGGAGGAACAAAUGCUUAUCAGUUCAUCAUCAAAACCCGCGGUUAUUUUAGUGGUGCAACGGCAAAAUAACAAGUAUUCUUACACAAGUGCAUCAGAUGACAAUCUACUGAAAAAUAUUGAAUUAUUCGACAAACUCUCAUUGCGUUUCAACGAACGUAUUUUAUUCAUUAAAGAUGUAAUAGGUCCUAGCGAAAUAUGUUGCUGGUCAUUCUAUGGUCAUGGCAAAAAAGUGGCUGAAGUGUGUUGUACUUCUAUUGUAUAUGCCACUGACCGUAAGCAUACUAAGGUAGAAUUUCCAGAAGCACGAAUCUAUGAAGAAACAUUGCAAGUGCUGCUUUAUGAAAACCGUAAUGCGCCGGAUCAGGAAUUGUUACAAGCCACAUCAUCGGUACGUGGUGGUUGUGCUGGGUCUGGUAUGCAACAGUAUACCAGUGACGAAGAGGAGGAACGUACGGGACUAGCACGUUUACGCUCAAAUAAACGCAACAACCCUAUUUGACAUGUACACAAGUAUGUGGGAUGACCACGCGUGAUGCUGUCCUAGCUUUGGAGGGAUAGUACCGGCGAUAAAACAUAAUUGCCAAAGAACCUCAAUAUACUGAAAAAUAUAGCCAAUCGUUCGAAGUGCUAAAACAAUUGCAAUAUACAAAAUAAAAUUACUUUCGAAAAGCAUACAGACGCUUUAAGGGUCAUUAAUCACUGUCAAGCAAUUACUUGCUCCGUUACUCUUAAAGGAUUAUUUUUUUAAUUGUGCUGUUAUACAUUUAUUUAAGUCCUAAAUUGUUAAAUAAUUUCCGUAGUAUUAAAAAUUGUCUGUAAACAUAGUCAAGAGUCGUUUAUUUAAAUAUAUUUGCAAUUUAAAUAUUUUAAUAUUUGGACAAUCACUAAGAUGGUCAGAAAUUUGUAAAUAUGAAAAAUUGUAAUUUUAAAUGAAUUGAAAUUAAA